ACGUCGUCUGUGAUUCAAACUGCUUGCUUGACAGUUGGGAUGUGUAUUUGGAAACGGUGAAAUUUUAUUUGUUUCUAAAGACGUUUUUAUGCUUACGAGUUAAAUACAUUAAAGUAUUAAAAGAGAAACGGGUCUGGAUGCAACGUGUAACUGUAUAAUGUUGACGCAUAUCUUCCUCGUAACUGCAGUCACAUUGUUAUGCUUGUCACAAUCUGAGGCGCAGUACGAUGAUAAAAGAUGUAAGUGCAUUUGUCCUAAUGUUUCAUCAGUGGUAAAUACAGCGCAAUCAUCGUUAGUGCGAAAAACGUACAUCAUAAAUGUUCCACCUUCUCAAUGUAAUUGCGAAGGUGUUGUUUUGCCAAAGGUAGGAGAUCAGUUAAAAGGCAAGGAGGAAAUAUUUUGUUCAAGAUGUGGUUGCAAGUAUGAAAAUAGGAAUACCACUAUUAUUAAAAUAGUGGUAAUACUUGUUAUUUGGGUUAUAUCCCUUUUAGUGAUUUACAUGUUAUUCUUAAUCUGUUUGGAUCCAUUAUUGAACAAAACAAUUCAUAAAACUUCAACAAACAUUGGCUACCAUGAACAUAAUAACGUUGAUGACGAUUCAUCAAUUGGUCCUGGAACAUCUCAUCCUAUGGGUGAAAGAGGUAAUGUAUUGAAUCGUGUCGGUCAUCAACAAGAUAAAUGGAAACGGCAAGUUCGUGAGCAGCGACGUAAUAUUUAUGACAGACAUACCAUGCUUAAUUAAAUUAUACACUGUUUCUAAACAAAAAUCAAGCAUAAUAAAUAGUGAUAUGAGGCUGUGGCAUUUAUUUGUAGGCAUUUAAAGUUCUGCAUCUGAUUUUUUCCGAAUAUGUUAUAUAUAUAUAUAUAUGUAUAUUAAAUUAUUAGAACACCAUCUAUUUGUAAAUGCCAAUAAAUUAGGUCACAGCUGAUAUAUUCACAUUGUACCAGGUAUGUAUGUCUAGCAAUCUUAAAAUUCAUCAGAUUUAAUGUAUAAAACAAUAAAGUGUCAACAAUGUGUUAUUUUUAUUAGUAA